GAUGGAUUUUGAAUGUCAUCGGGUAUUAUGUUGUUGAUAAAAUUCUCUCAACUGACUAACGCGGUACCGCCGUUACAAGUAUGGCUGAAACGUCAGCCAGUGUGCAGUUUGUAUCGUGUGGUUGACCGUUUUGGUGGCUCUUCUAACGAUUUAUCUCGCGUAACUACGCAUCGGGGCGAAUGUUUGGUGAACCAGGUGCAAAACACUUCAAGAACGAAGAGUAGUCAGUCGAGGUUAAAUUGUGACAGCACAUGCAGCGUAGCAGAAGAAGAAAUGGCACCAACGCGUGUUAUUCUUAUGUCGUGUGGCAGUUAUAACCCUCCGACCAAUAUGCACUUGAGAAUGUUUGAAAUUGCCAGGGAUCAUCUCCAUCGAAUGGGAACACACAUUGUGCUCGGUGGUGUUAUAUCUCCUGUACACGAUGCAUACGCUAAGAAGGAAUUGGCUAGUGCCACUCAUAGGUGUGCCAUGCUGAGGCUGGCCUUGCAAAAUAGCGACUGGAUACGGUUGAGCAAUUGGGAGACCAGGCAGAACGGAUGGACAAAGACUAGGCUUAGUUUACAGCAUCAUCAAAAUUUAUUAAAUUCUGUUUUAUUUGAUCCUAAUAAUUUGAAUCAUAUACCGACCGAAGAUUUGGAGUGGAUACCAGAAAAUGUGAAGAACAGCGAUGAUCAUAAUCCUAUUCAAAUCAAAUUGCUGUGUGGGGCUGAUUUAUUAGAGAGCUUUGGAACCUAUGAUCUAUGGGCUGAGGAAGAUAUUGAUGCAAUUGUUGGAGAACACGGUCUUGUAGUUAUUACCAGGGAGGGAUCUAAUCCCAACAAAUUUAUAUACGACUCGGACAUCCUUUCUAGGCAUAUGCACAAUAUAUACAUAGUAACAGAAUGGAUUCCAAAUGAAGUUAGCUCAACUAGAAUACGAAGGGCACUAAAGCGAGGUGAGAGUGUCAGGUAUCUCCUACAAGAUGCUGUGAUCGAUUAUGUCUAUAAGCAUGGAAUUUACGAUGCCAAGACGUCGGCGUCCACAAUUAAGUUGGAACUGACCUCGCCGAACGCGAACAAUUACUUGACCAUUGACUCCAAGUACCAAAGCACCUUUCUCACGCCGUCGCCUAGCGACGUAACCAUGGAAUCCCCGAGUCCGAUCGAAAUAAUAUCCAUCGACGUGCCGGACGCGGUGCUGCGUAAGAACCUGCAGAACGCGGGCGGCGUUCAGACGGUUUCGACGCGGCAUGCGGGCCUCGACGAGGCCCGCGAGAAGUUCAUUAACGCGCUAGUCGCCGAGAACGGGUACAGCAAAACCUGCAUGCCUACUGUAAGACAGAUAGUUGACUGUCUCGUUGCUGCUCGACCCAUGCCAAUCCGAUGCGGCCCCUGCCUUACUGCUAAACGUUCUAAUACUGCUACUAACAAUCGCGAUAGUAACGCCGCCAGCCGCGUUAGCAGCACGGCUAACAGCAACAACAUCGACAGCUACAUCAACAACAACAAGAACGUACACGCCUACGAGAAUAUCCAAAGCUUUGACAUACGCGAGAAACGGCUGAUUAGCCGUGCAACCAGCCGCGACUAGGACUUUGUUUUGUUUUCGUUCCCGACGCAGUGCUGGGGGAACCCGUGGAAACCUGUUCUUACGAAAUUCUUUUGCCCCCGCCGCACCGUAAUUCCGGCGAAUGCCAACCCUGUGUGCGGAAGCGAUUUCGUCCGAAAGGAUUGCGGCUAGAGACACUGAAAAUGAUUCCGGUAAUCGCAUUAUUCAGCGACCGAUGGAACACGAAUCUUCCGCGCUUUUUCUGCGUUGAAUAUUGUAGAUAAUCAGGGUACACGCUAUGAUAACGUCGUACGGUAUGAAAUUUAAUAUCUGCUUUCGUUAACUUCGAGAUUAAGUCAGAGCUUAGAUUAUAAAUGAAUUAUGUUCUCGAUCGUGUAUAUAUAUAUAUAAAAUCGUUAGUUUAUUUAAGUUUAGGCAGAGCUUUAGUUCGAAUAAAUUAUUUUAGUAGUAUUGUUUUAUGUUUAAGGAAAGAUGAUGUCGAUAUAUUUUAAUUUAUAUAUUUGUUCAUACAUGUGUUACUGUUUCGAAGCAAUUGCUAUUAUCGUUUCAACCGACCAUGUCUACAUGACGAUUGAAAUACAUUCGAAACGUACUUAUUUAAAUUGUAUCGUUUAUAAGUCAUUCUCCUUAUAAAGAUUUGUUGUCAUUCGAAUAUUUGUCGAUACAAGUCACUGUUAUUAUUUUCAAGCAUUUCCUAUUAGAACCGAGAAUAUAUUGUGAAACAUAAAAAUGUACCUGGAAAGUUUCUAUCUUGAACAUACGGUAGCGAACCGCUACGAUGUCAAGCAUAACUUCUGACCAAAUGGUUGACGAGAUGGAGAACGCGGCACAGUGUUUACAAAAGUGCGAAAAACUAGACGAAAGUGCUCGACAAUUGAAGUGUUUCGAUUAUUAUCGUGACUAGAAACGUUUCAAGCCUAGUAUGCUUGGCAAGCUGUCUCGAAAGAAUUAUUUAAACGAAAAUCGUCCCGAAGUAUUUAUGUCACGCGCAAGAUCUCCAGCACCGUUUCUACCAACACGUUCACGGUUAUAUUGACAAAUCCUCGAUUCUCCCCAGCGCUGCUUCUUUUAUAGGGGAAACAUUUUAUUCCUUUCGUACAAACCGCAGCGUAAGCCACUUAACGUUAACAUCGAAAACAUGUAACGAAUAUCAAUGUUGCGACGAAUAUUACAGACACAGUUUCCGCUUACAAUUUCAGAUUCACCGGGAAUUAUUAAUUUGACUGAACAUUUCACCAAAAAGUCGUAUAAACUUGCUUGACUCCCGUAUUCGGUGUACCCUUUUAGGAUACGAAGCAUUUAUUCACGAUGCAUUUGUAAUUUGAACGUUAGUCAACUUGCCGUGCUUCGGAAGCUUGUCGAACAGCGCCUGGUUUGUUAUUCAAAGGGAAUUCUGAUGUCUGGCACGUGACUGUUAAUUGCUAUAUAUAUAUAUCUUUACUGUACGAGGAACACGCAACCACGGGCUCCAAUGUACACCUGUCCGAUCGAAUGCAAAACCGAAUCGCCUCCAUAAAUCCUGAACGGCGUUUAUAUUCUGUUUUCGCUCUAAAAGGGCCAGGCUAUUCGACACGACCGCCUCGAGUCGCUUUCAUCGCUGUUACAUCAAACUAACGUAGUUCUUUCUACCAAAAUUCUCACGCGAUCCGUACACGUUAGACCUGUUUUUGACGAACUUACAACGUAACAGUAGAUCGACCUCGUUCUUCGGAGUUAAUCUACGAGAUCGUCGAGAGACACCGCCUUGUUCCGAUUACUUUAAUUUUCCGGCGAGCGUCGGUACAGGUUUUCCAAAACCGAUACACACAGACACACGCACACACAUAUUUCCCUCGUAACCAGAAAUCAUGAAAUCUGCGUUGAAAUAUAAAGCCGUGCACAUUGUGAAGGUUGCGACAUGCGCGAAAACGUUUAAUCGAUCGAUUGUUUUAUUUCUGACGAUGUACAAAGUAUCGGCACGCUUUUCAAACGCGACGACUUUUUUAAAGCUGAACUCCAAACGACUUGAAUUGUUUUCGGAUGAUAGAAGAGCCACUGGUCUACUAAAAUACAUUUGGUUAAUUUAUUUAAGUAUUUUAGUCAUCGUUCAGUGUCCCUCUGACAUCUUCAAAAAGAUUCAGGUUCAGUUAAAAAAAAAAGGUUAUACCGUUUCAAAAGGUGUGGCAACAACUUGUUUAUCGUUAAGUAAACCAAGUUCGAAGUGUGUAGCAAUUGGUCGUGCACCGGUUCUUUUUUUUUUUUAUAGAAUUAUGCAGACGUGACUCGGCUCGACGGAGUUAUGCGAGUCGCCGUAGGCAAGUUCCAGGAAAAUAGAUACCGUUUUGAUUGAUACCCUAGGAGUCGGUAAUUAAGUGGUUUCUGCGAUCGAUAACGGUAUCGGAGAGUCACGGUUUUUGGCGACUGUUCAGUCAUCCGCGGUGUCAGUGUCACAUCGGUCGGUUGCGUGCCGUACCUGCUGUGCAGUUUUGCAAUAACUCGGCGCGGUUGCAGUCCUAGUUGCAGCGUGCGUUGCGUAGAAUUCUCGCGGUCUAUAAUUUUGGUAAUGAUUCAGCGAUAAGCGACCGGAAACAGUGUUUGCUUCGAUGCUCGUUUUAGCGAAAUGCAGCUGUAUUUCGGUCGGCGGCCAGCCGUAUUAUUCGCAAUCGGCUAACGUGAAUCUGCCUCGGCAGGCGUUUCAAACAAAUAGGAUAUUCAUUUCAGAGUCUCCGAAAGGCUGCGUCACGGUUUCCUUUCGAGAAACGCGAAAAAACUGGAUCUGUCUAUCGCGGAUUCACGUGUACUCCUUCUGUACCUUGAUCGGACACUGUCAUCCGUAACCUCGUAAACGUUCGUACGUUUUGUUCCAUUAUUAUCUCUGAACGGUUCGAUUAUUUUGCUAUAGAUACUUAUGACGAUUUGUAUAUUUUCGUCUGUUUUACAAAUCCAGAAUCGAGGGAAACUUUACUCGUUAUCACUCUAGUCAUGGAUCCUAAAAAAUGAUAGAUAAAUCAUGAUUUUUUGAUAAAUUGUUUGGGAAUGAUUAAAUUGGGAAUUUGCUACUAAAAGUAUUGUCUGACGCUGUAAAUGUGUUUGAAAAUACGUCAGCGUGUUUCCGGAAGCGUUCGCGCUCGAAAUGAUGAGUAAAGAGCGAGUUAAUUCUGUCCCAAGUUUUUAUUUCAAUUUCCAAUGCUCGCUCGUGUGCGCUGUCAGCGCCGUAAAUCCGCUGCCUACGCAUGAAUCGAGUAAAGAAUUCCUCGCGAAGCUGAUUUAUAGUGACAUUAUGCAAACAAAUCGACGCAGGACUGCUGUACUGCAUUCCGACCGAUGAAUCGUGUUCGGUUUUCACAUGAAAAUAAAGUUUCGGCGAAAUUUUGCGAAUUUAUUUCAGAUCCGCAGAUUAUAUCGGAAAUGUAAUUUAAUGAAGAGAGUUUUUGUUUCACGUUUAUCUUUGAUAAAUCGUUUAAAAUUUCAUUUCAUAUAAACGUGCAUAAUUUAACGUCGAGUUACGGAUGACAGUGCGUGUACGUCGAUGGAGUUCAAACGCCAGUUUCGCUGGCUGCAGCUGUAAUUUAGCGUUUCGUAGAUGGCGAGGACGUAACGAGAGAGAAAGAGAGAGAGAGAGAUUAUUAUAAAAAGAAAUCAAAAAAAGCAGAUUAAGCAAUACAUAUUUUGUAUACAUUUGGAAAAGGGAGGAUGAGAUGAGAGUGUGAUCGAGAAUGUGACCGUUCCAUUCUUCGCUCAGAAAGCGCAAAGAAUUUGCCGUGAAUAUUUUUUUAUCUGGAUUUCGCGUUAUCCGUGACCGGCGAUUAUUUACGAGCAUCGGUACAUUAGUGGUUAAGGAGAUACCCUAUUCAAACAACUGCGCAUCUUUCGUUCGUACUAUAGUUUACGAUCCGCGUUAACUCUUUGCAUUCCAAUUCCUCUGAACGUCUUCUGAAACUCGGGGAAAAAAUAGAAGCAUUUCAAAUGUUCUUAUUGCAGACGAAUUGUCCGAUCGUAGUUCUUACUUACGAAUACCGGAGCCAAAUAAAUCUCUGUUCCUAUCUCGAAGAAUUUGAAUGAGUUCUGCUCGUUGAAUAAUUACUCAUACAUUAAUCUUUCUACUGUUUCAUGUCUCGCCGUCUUAUUUAUGCCGUAAAGGCAGAGACACUCCGCGAUCGAAUUAUGGCGUUACUGCUUCGUCACGCAUUGAAAUCACCGAAAAUCUGCUGACCGUGACACCUAAAAAAACGAUGUCGCUGCACUCAUACUAUUACUAUAAUUCUACCGACGAUCAGCAUAGAAUUUUCUGUUCUCGGAAGUAUGGAAAUUUCAAAAUAGCAUUGUCGAUUUAUGUUUAUUCCUUUUGAUUACACGUACCGUUCUAAUGCACUUCCGCUGCAGUUCUCGGAACCGGCUAAUUGGAGUGCAAAGGUUAAUUUCCACCUGUUUUCGCUCGACAAUGACAUUGUGUAAUUCCAUCCGUUGUAAUGAAUUGAUCGUUAGCAAUUUGCAUAACCGGCUAUGUGGCAGCCUGGCAAAGAAAUAUCUAACGCAACGUUGUCCGAUUAAUUUCCGCAGUCGUUCACCUAAGUGCCAGAUAAUUCUAAGAUUCUCGUAAUUAAUUCAUUUCAAACGCGUGUCCUGUACGGCGAAUUCAAGUAUUAUUACGACUGCGCGUGUGCAAAGAACAAUGCCUGCCCGGAGAUGCAGCGUUGUCUCGUUUCUCUACCUCCUGAUUUGACUAAAAAAAAAACCCUUACCUCCUCCCCUCUUCCCACCGCCCCCGGAAGUGCUCGCGUUAUUUUAAGCUGCGUUCGCAAAGACAUAGCGUUAUAUCCCAGGAUCGAUGGUCGAUGUGACGUGUCCCACACUACGAUUAUUGAUAAAAUAUACUCCAGUCUUAAGAGAACGAGUUACAAAACAUUAAAAAAAGAAAAGAAAAAAAAAACAAAAAAUAUAUAUAUAUAUAAUAUGAAGAAGAAUUGUUCACAUAGUUCGCACGUUGUAUAUGUUUGUAUACUAUGUUAAUCCGAUUUAGUGAGUGUCGUAAACAUGUAUACCCGUGGGAAACAGGAAACCACUAUAAAAGAGGAGAUCAAUAAAUCAGAAACGAAGAAUUAUAUUUCAUCGAUGCCAA